AGCAAGUGCUGGUUAUUUUACUUAUUCUUGUCAAAACUGUGCCAGUUAGACUAAUAGAAAAGAUAGAUGAUUUGUCUGUGAAGGCUAAUUUACUUGAUUGUGGCUUGUUCCCAAGUGGAAUGAGCUGUUCUGUGUGGGGCUUCUGGAAUACUCUGUUCUGGGGACCAAGUUUUGUAAUCUGUCCCCUGCAGAAUUUGGUAAAUUUUAGACUCUGGAAAUCUCACAUCCUGAAGUUCCAGGUCGCAAUUCACCUGACUUUCGCUGGCUCGGAAUCUUGAAUCUAGUUGAUUUCCUGCAAGGAGACUGGCGAUUAGAACCUGAUCCUCCCCUCUCUGAAAAGGUGUUGCUGUUCCAGGAACUUAUUCAGCCACAGGUGUGCGCAGGUGAUUUGAUCGAUUGGAUCAAGGUCCCCAUUCAAUCUGCAUGCCCUUAGUGUGCCAUCAAAGGCAAACAUACCCCACAGUUCGUAUUAAAGAGCUAUGAGCAGAGGUAGUGGUGGUGAUAAAAAAGCAUAUAGAGGUAAAGGUAAAGGUUCUCAUCGAUAUAACCACCCCCACGAUCAGUACAACUCUCAUACAGCUCUGAACUCCUCGAACCAAGGAACGGGAAUUGAUUAUUUUCGAAACCAGCAGAUCCUGUUUCUCACGGGGCGGAUCCCGCAGGCUCCUGCCUUUGUGCAUCAGCAGCCUUACAGGAGCCAAGUAUCGUACCAGCAAAAGCAGCGGGUUCUCCGUCCGCCAGCCAAGAGCUGGAGCAGCAACUUCAGCCCGCAGCCUGUUAAGACCAUCUGGGCCCCAGCUCCCCCCGUCCAGAAAGUGAAAAACCCCAAGACUGAGCCGGAAUUAGAUAAGUUGUUCUCGCGUUUUGAGAAUAUCUCACUGGGUGGCAACACUCGCCAAGACAUCCUGUCUAUUUUGGGAAGACUUAGACCAACGGAAAGAUUACCAGCACGUCAGAUAGCCAGGCAACUCUGCAUUCAGAAAAAAAUAGUCAACCACGUCUUGUAUGAUCUGCUGAAGGAAAACCGAGUAAGGAAGGAAGGCAUCUCGCCCCCUCUGUGGCAUCUUGCAGGCCACACUGAAACCAGAGAGCAGGUCCCUGAAAGCCAGCGGUCCUCGCCCGAGGGCAUAGCUUCACCUGUGUCGCCCAGCAAAGAAGAGCAAGCCUCUGACGACGAAGACAGCACUGACAGCACGGCGGAUCACUCCAACAUGGAAGACGGUGAAACCCAAAAGAACAAAAUCUUCUCCUUCCUCUUGGAGAAGGAGAAGGCCACUGCCCUUGAGAUUGCCAAAAACACUGGACUAAAGACAGCUCGGCAAAUCAACCCCACCCUUCACUUGCUUGAAACUCAAGGUGACCUCUACAAGGAGUCUGCCUUUCCACCAAUUUGGACCCUUUCAGACCGAAGGAAAGAAGUGCUGUUCAGGAAAAGGAAGCUGCAUGAACUGGGUGAGCCCAGAAUUGAAACAUUGGAGAGAAUACCAAUGACCAUUCAAGAUGCAAGUGAUGUUUCUCAAGAGGUCAUUGAAGGGAUCAAAGUCAAGGAAGAGGGCAGUGUAGGGAAUGGCCAGGCAGUCGCUCUGCAAGAGGAAGCAAAUGAUUUGCAUUCGCUGGCCACUUCAGCUCCGCUGCUUCUCGAUGUUAAGGUGGAGAAACACAAGGCCAAUCAUGCUGAGGCAAACUACUACGACAGCACUACAGGAAACGGCCAGUGGGCAUCUGACGAUAUCCCUGACGACCUGAACAUCAUCAACCGUGUGAGCGAGGCUGGCGAAACAGUUGGUCUGCCACAGGGCGUGUUGGCUGGCAAGCCUGGCGCUGAUCAACACCCAACCCUUUCACCAACUGACCGGCUACGUGCCUGUUUAACGAAAAACCCAGUUAGUGGUCUCAUGGAAUAUUCGCAGGGCUCAGCAUUGCAGUGUGAAUUCAUCCUCCUCGCCCAGACGGGACCAUCCCAUGACCCACGGUUCAGGAUGCAGGCAUCUAUAGAUGGCAGGAGAUUUCCUCCGGCUGAAGCUAACAGCAAGAAGACAGCUAAGAAGGAUGCAGCAACCAAUGCCCUGAAAGUGCUACUGAAAGAGAUUCUGGGUGAAGACAUAGAGAUUCCUCCUUCCUCUCCCCAUUCUGAGCCUCUGGUCACAAUGGAGUGUACAGCUCUUCCAAGUGAAAUGAAGACUGAACCGUGUACUCUGUCUCAACCCUCGCUGCCCACAGGGAAAAAUCCAGUCUGCAUGUUAAUGGAGUAUGCACAGAAGUCAGGCAAUGCAUGUGAAUUUCAACUUGUAUCACAGAGUGGUCCUCCCCAUGACCCUAGAUUCACCAUCAUGGUUAAGCUGGGCAAUGAGACCUUCCCGACAGCAACAGCUAACAGCAAGAAGCUGGCCAAGAUGUUAGCGGCGAAGGCUGCUGUCGUCAAUCUCUUGGGAAAUUCUCCCCCCUUUCAUUCCAAGCCCUCAGACACAAACACAGAGAAUUCUGUUGCUCAGGGCUCCAUUCCAUCCCUGUCAUCGAUGGAGCUGGAGGCUGCCCACGCAGCUGGCCUGGGGGAGCUGAUCACCUACCUGAACAAGAACCCUAUUGGAGGGCUCCUGGAAUACGCACGCUCAAAGGGAUUUGCAGCCGAGCUCAAGAUGAUUGACCAGUCAGGGCCGCCACAUGAUCCCAGGUUUACCUACCAGGCGAAGGUUGGAGGUCGCUGGUUUCCUCCAGUGAGCUCCAGCAGUAAAAAACAGGCGAAGCAGGAGGCGGCGGAUGCUGCCCUUCGUGUCCUCAUUGGCGAGGGCGAGAAGGCAGCUCGGACUGGAGAGUUUCCUUCAGAGUUGCCUGUGUCCGGGGGUACAAUGCAUGAUCAGAUUGCCAUGCUCAGCCACCAGUGCUUCAACAAUUUGACUGCACGGAUCCAGCACAGCUUGCUGGGUCGAAAGAUCCUGGCAGCCAUCAUCAUGAAAAAAGGCGAUGAUGAUCUGGGGACCACCGUCAGCCUGGGCACAGGUAACCGAUGUGUUAAAGGAGAGGAGCUCAGCCUUAAAGGGGAAACCGUUAAUGACUGUCAUGCAGAAAUCAUCUCCCGGAGGUGCUUCAUAAGGUUCCUGUACAGUGAGCUGUUGAAGUAUAAUCCUGCGUCGCCAGAUGACAGCCUUUUCAUUCCAGCUCAUGACAACCGGUUACAGAUUAAACCGGGAAUAACUUUUCACCUCUACAUCAGCACUGCCCCUUGUGGUGAUGGAGCCCUGUUCGAUAAAUCAUGCAGUGAACCUCCCACUAAAGAAGGAGAUGACACACAUCACCCGCUGUUUGAGAACAUGAAGCAAGGCAAGCUGCGCACCAAGGUGGAAAAUGGCGAAGGCACCAUCCCAGUGGAAUCGAGCGACAUUGUCCCAACGUGGGAUGGGAUUCAGCACGGGGAGAGACUGCGCACCAUGUCCUGUAGUGACAAGAUUCUGCGCUGGAACGUGCUGGGCCUUCAGGGGGCACUGCUCUCCCACUUCAUCCACCCAGUCUAUCUCAGCUCCGUGACCCUGGGUUACCUGUACAGCCAUGGGCACCUGGCUCGAGCAGUCUGCUGUCGCAUGUCUAGGGACGGUGAGGAGUUUCAGAGGAGUCUACCGUACCCUUACGUCCUGAAUCAUCCACAGAUUGGCCGGGUUAGUGUCUACGACUCAACGCGACAGACUGGGAAAACAAAAGAAUCGAGCGUCAAUUGGUCUUUGGCAGAUGGAGCAGAAGUGGAAGUUUUGGAUGGAACCAAAGGAAAAGUUGACGGGCCUCAGCUGGAUGUGUCCCGGGUCUCUAAGAUCCACCUGUACGAUCUGUUCCGGCAGCUGUGCAAGAAGAACAAUCGACAGGAUCUGCUGGCGAUGGUCUCCUACUCUGACGCCAAGGCAGCGGCUGCCGACUUCCAGAACGCGCGCACUCUGUUCUUCAAAGCGCUGGAGCAGAUGAACUAUGGUAACUGGAUCCAGAAACCUCUGGAAGAGAAGAGCUUCAUGAACAGUGAAGCGUAAUUUCCUGCCUCAGGGUUUGGUAGGG